UACCGCUCAGAGAUGAGAUGAAUGUGCGCCACCAAGACUACCUCAAAGUUCAAACCUGGGAAAACAAAAAUAAAACACUACAAUCCCACCCCAGAUUGGUUUUUAAGCUCAGCAUAUUGAAACAAACUAAAAAAAAGAAAACGCAUAAUAAACAAGAUCAUUGUCACCUUAAUACAUACAGACAGAGAAGAAUGGAAAAGUUGGAAAUUAUUUCGUAGAAGACUUUUUUUUUUUUUUUUAAAGAAUAGUACCUUGCUUAAAUAUUAGUCAUAUUUUAGCUGGACCCUUUUCUUCUUUCUUCAUUUUUAUUCCUUUGCUCUUCAUGGACUCUGAUUUCUGGACCUCUCGCCUCGCGGCUGCUAAGCGCCAAUUCAAUUUGCAGCAUCACCAUCAUCACAGCCAUAGCAGCCAACAUCAGAGCUCUCAAUUGGAUCGGUUAAAUAUUGAUGAUUUCGAGGUGGAAGAGGAGGUUCGACCCGAUUUUCCAUGCCCGUAUUGUUACGAAGACUUUGAUAUUGCAUCCCUUUGCUCACAUCUUGAAGAUGAGCAUUCUUGCGAGUCCAAAGUUACCGUUUGUCCAGUUUGCUCUAUUAAAGUUGCAAGAAACAUGCUGAGUCAUAUCACGUUGCAACAUGGACAUUUAUUCAAGUUGCAGCGACGUCGUAGAUUACGUAGAGUUGCAGUUCCCAGUAGUCAGGCACUCUCUCUGCUGGGGAGGGAUCUUAGGGAGGCCCAUUUACAGGUUCUUUUAGGUGGCAGUGGGUACCGAUCUAACAAUGCAACCUCAUCUGGUGCAAUGGCUGAUCCACUACUUUCUUCUCUUGUUCUGAAUUUUCCUGCAUCUGAAGCGGAUGAAAUUUCAAAAACUUUGGUGUCCAGUAUUGAGGACACAUCAACGAAGUCCAUGUCAUUACAGCAUACAUGGAAAUCGAGUUUCGAGUCAUCCUUAAGUCACGAAGAGCGAGAAAAAAGAAUGAGACAAGCUACUGGGCGAGCUGUUUUCGUUCAAGAUCUGCUUGCCUGUACCCUGUUAGCCGAGUAACUGAAGCAGUCUGUCUCUGUAAUUUGCAAAAUAAUGUUGAAAUUAAGCUGAAUUUUACAAGGAUAAUUGGGUCUGGACCUAAUGAUUCCUAAUUCUUAACAACCCAAUCCAUGUUCUCAUUUGAAUCUUUCCCUUAUCUGGUGAAGUAUGAAUGUCUUCUUUUAAGCUUCUCUUUGCAGGAGCACCUGUUACAUUGAGAUGCAAAGAUUAUCUCAUGAGUACCCAUUCUGGUUUUUAUCUUCUUUUUCAUUAGACUGUUAAAUUUGCUUCUCACUUAUCUGUUUAAAGUAUGCAUUUAGAGUAUGGGUGGAGGCAUGAGGAUUCAGUUACACUCAGACAUAAAAAGGACAAAAGCAACAGGACUCGGGUGGAUGCAUUACCUUAAAUGUGUACUCUUGCAAACUUACAAGGUAUAAAUGCUAUUAUGUAGUUUCCAAGAAAGAUCAUGUUACCUGUGUUGUACUUAUCGUAGAAAUUCUCUUGUCCGCUUCUCUUUCUUCUACUACUGCUCCAUUUGUUUCUGGACAAAGCGGAAACAAAUAUACAAGGUAGAAACAAAGAGAAUUUAAAGCUUAUGCUACAAAAGAAUGGUUUCCUUAUC